AUGUAAAAAGCUCAAUAAACCUCCAGGAAUUUGACUCAAACACAAUAUGACCUCCAAAUCUUGGGGAAAGCAUCUCCCAUAAACUAGAAGUCGAGGGAUUAGGGAUUUUACUCUACCAGAUAUAAAACAUCGAAUGAAAGAAAAAGCAAAGAACAAGGAGUACUUUGUGACAUCUUUGAAAAUGUGCACAUUAACCGAACUUUUAAUUGCUAAAGCCAGAUUAACAGCUUCGACAAUCCUCAAACAAGAUUGUUUACUCCAGAAACCAGAGUUUUAAAAAGGCGAAAGAACGGUAAGGUAGUAUUUCAACCCAUUCCUCGAUAUAGUUCUCCUUAAAGAACAUAUGAAUCGCCAGCUCUAUUAAAUAUCACAUCAUACACACACAGAAAACCCCCUAAAGUGAGAAGAGUGAUAAAUUUAAAUAUGUUAAAGGAUGGAUGUGAUAAAAGGCCAUUUUUUUCAGAUAAAGGAUAAAAUUUAUAUGAGUUUGUAUAUAAUUAUUACUAGUGA